GAUGAUAGAAAUUUUGCUCUCUCUUAGAGUUAAUGCUUUACAAAUUACACCUGAAUUAAGAAAAAAUUUAGUUUAUGAAUUAAUUAGAAAUGAUGUAUUCAAUAUUGAAGCUACUGAUAAAUUUGAUUUUGUUGUUCAUUUAUUAGAUAUCAAUAAUUAAAGUCUAAGACAUGCUAUUACUAGUUUAAUUAGUGUUAUUAGUAGUACUUUAAGAGGAGUAGAAUAUCUAACCUAGAAUGGAAAUAUGAUCAUUAUUGAAAAGAUAAUUAAAAUUUUAAAAGAACAAGAAAACGGUUCAGUUACUUAGAGGUUCUGUUUAGCAAUUUUAUAAAAAGCAAGUAUUAAAGACACUGUCAUACCAACUUAUGUACAUAAUGAAAGGAUUCAAUGGAUUAUUAAUCUUAUUCAAAAAUCAGUUAAUAGUAAAAUUUAUGUAUUUUGUCUUGAUUUUGCAUCAGCCACAUUAGCUAAUAUUAUUCAUACUCCAUACACAUUAUAAUACUUAGAAAAGUAUCUCGAUUUGCACAUCAAGUAAUGGAGUAAUUGUUAAAGUUUAUAAAAGAUCAGAUAUAAGUAUCGGUACUUAUGCAUAUUUUAAUUUGCUUAUCUUAUUUAAGUAAAGAAAACUUUGCUCAUUAAAUGGAAGAAUGCAGAUUUAUUGAUAGAAUAAGUGAAUUUGUAGAAUAUUACAGUGUCAUUAAUACUGGUAUAAAAAGAAAAGAUUAUUUAAUUAGAAAAUGAAGCAGCAGAAAUUGAUAAAAAAACUGUUUUAGAUUUAUGUGCUCAUAUGUUUCAUCCUAAAGAUACUUCCUUAGACAAUUCAGAAACUCUAGAGCUAAAUGAAUUACAAACUGAAGAUAGAAUCAGAGAAUAUGAAAAUGAAUAAGGGGAAUUAAUUUUUGAAUGUUUUUAAGUUGAAGUUAGUUGA